AUGGGCGGGUUAUCAACUCUCUUCUCAAACAUCUACUCUAUUAUCUCUACAAAGAAGUGGACUAUUGGUAAUUGUGCUGCAACUCUGCAAGGAGGUGAAUCCCGGAACUUAGGCUUGGAUAGACGCCUUCUGCAGACUCGAGUAGAUGAGGUAUGUUCUCUACUAACUCGUUUCUAUAUGGGUGGUAAUUCAAUCAACUGGAAUAUGGAUAAGUCCGGAGGUCACGGGAUAACGGUGAUGGCUCAUGAAGAUGCAAAAGAAGUUGAGGAAUUUAAAGUUGGAGUGGUUCUGGAUUUGGAUGUACCCGAGGUUAAGGUCUGCAUAACUUCCAUGGAGAUGGCUCGCUCUGACGUCAAUGCAUCUCGUAAGAGAAAAUUGGUUUUUUAUUAUCAGGAUUCUAAAGAAGAUAUCGUAGAUGCAGCUUCCGCUGCUAUAGAUCUGAUAACAAAUAAACGAGUGCAAGCUAUCAUUGGACCAACAACAUCAGCACAAACUGUUUUCAUGAUGCACCUUGGAGACAGAUUUCAAGUUCCAGUUAUUUCUUUCAGUGCAACAAGUCCUUCAAUUUCGCUGGUUCAAAAUCCUUACUUCGUUCGCACAACACUAAACGAUUCGUCUCAAGUGAAUGCUAUUGCUGCCAUUAUUAAAGCUUUUGGAUGUAGAGAAGCUGUAUCUCUUUACGCAGAUACCGAAUAUGGGAAAGGUAUUAUUCCAUAUUUGGUGGACGAGCUUCAAAAUGUCAACACCAGAGUUCCUUAUAGGAGUGUAUUUACGAGUUCAGCUACCAAUGAGCAAAUAGGCGAUGAACUUAACAGAUUAAUAAGAAUGCAAACUAGAAUAUUCAUUGUGCAUAUGACCACGCCACUCGGAGUCCGUAUUUUUGCUAAAGCCAGAGAAAUUGGUAUGAUGACUAAAGGGUACUCUUGGAUAAUCACGGAUGGAUUGGGCGAUUACUUAUGCACAUUUAAUUCUUCUGUUCUUGGUUCAAUGGAAGGAGUAAUAGGUAUAAGACCCUAUGUUCCAGAAUCGAGAAGGCUAAACUCAUUUAGUGUUAGAUGGAAAAAAAGGUUUCAAAAAGAGAAUCCAGAAGAUAUGGACAGGAAAUUAGAUAUGUUUGGCAUAUGGGCAUAUGACACAGUUGGGGCAUUAGCCAGCGCAGUUGAGAAACUUGGAAGUCUUAAUCCUAAAUUCAACAAGGGAAAUCUAACAGCUUUAGAUUCAAGCGAUGUGGAGAGAAUGGGCGUUUCGCAAAUAGGCCCUGAACUAUUGGGAAAAAUUUCAAAUAUCACACUCAAAGACGCCAUGAGUACAAAUAAAAGCACAACCACAGAUAAAGAUAACUUAGGCACUAUUAUAUGGCCCGGAGAUGCAAAGUCAGCUCCGAAAGGUUGGGAAAUCCCAACAAACGAGAGUAAGUUACAAAUUGGGGUUCCAGUAAAAAAUGGUUUUACUGAAUUCCUGAAAGCAACACAAAAUUCAAGUGAUGUCACUGGUUACAGCGUGGAAGUGUUUAAAGCUGCAAUAGAUAGUUUGAACUAUAGGGUACCCUAUGAAUUUAUUCCAUAUCUUAUUAAUAAUAAGAGCAAACCAGGAAGUUACGAUGAUCUUCUACAUGCAGUGCCUGAUCAGAAAUUUGAUGCUGCGGUUGGAGAUAUUACUAUCACAGCCAAUCGGUCAGAGUAUGUCGAUUUUACAUUACCGUAUAAUGAAGGUGGGGUAUCAAUGGUUGUGCUAACAAAACAAGAUAUGAGUAAGAAUGCUUGGAUAUUCCUCAAGCCAUUAGAGUGGAAACUUUGGGUAACAACAGGUGCUUUCUUUCUUAUCAUUGGUGCUGCCAUUUGGAUUCUCGAACACAGAGUGAACCGGGAGUUCAGAGGAGGGCCUCAUUCUGCUUACCAGUUGGGCACAAUGCUUUCAUUCACCAUCUCCACACUCGUUUUUGCUCAGAAGGAAAGGGUGCUAAGCACUUUCGGUAGGAUUGUUAUGGGAAUAUGGCUUUUUGUCGUGUUAAUUCUCACACAAAGUUAUACAGCUAAUUUGGCAUCCAUGUUGACAAUAAAGCGACUUGAGCCAACCUACACGGACGUUAAGGAACUUAUCCGAAAUGGGUACAAUGUAGGUUAUCAAGAAGGUUCAUUUGUGUUGGACAAGUUAAAGGGAAUGAAAUUUCAUGAGUCACAUUUGAAAACUUACGAAACUCCUGAUGAAUUUGACAAGCUUUUCUCCAUGGAGCCAAGUAAGGGUGGUAUUGUGGCUGCUUUUGAGGAACUCCCUUACAUCGAACUCCUCCUUGCAAAAUAUUGCGAUAAAUACAUGAAGGUUGGCGAAAUCUAUCCAAAUGACGGAUGGUCGUUUGUCUUUCCGAAAGGUUCCCCUUUAGGUCCUGAUAUUUCGAGAAAAAUUCUACAAUUAAGAGAGGAUGGUGCAACAAAAAGGUUCAAAGAUGCUGCUUUUAGUUCUGGGAGCACCUCAAAUAGAUAUUGUCCAGACAUUGACCCUUUGGGUUCCUCAACUAGUCUCAAACUAGACAGCUUCCGGGUCCUUUUCUGGCUCACAGGAGGCUUUGUAGUUUUCGCAAUUUUUGUGUUCUUUGUUAUGUUCUUGUGGGAAAACAGACAAAUUUUGGUCGAGUCCAACACUGCAGUUUCACGAAAAUUCGUCCAUUUGCUGAACGAGUUCUAUAAAUAUGACGAGAAGCGCUUGAUCACGUAUUUUGAAUACCAACAUGUGCGUAAAGAUCAAAACAAAGCUGUUGUUCAUGCGUCUGAUACUAAUGGCUUACGCGAAGCUGCACGCGGAUAUUUACCUAGUGAAGGUGUUGUUGUGCAUCAAGAUUUCGGCUUGGUCUGUAGUGGAGAUCAUGGAGCAGAUGGUGACAGUAUUUCAGAUGAAGGUGUUGAUCCCUUUUUGCAUAAUAUUGUAGAUGGUGGAGAUCAACCUACUCCAGGGGAUGCCAAUCUACAUCAAAUCCAAUUAUCUGAAAUUCCUCAUCGUAAACCUUAGAACAAUGCCUUGAUUUUGAAGAUCAAGAAUAUUAUUGAAAGUAGUUUAGUCAAGUCAAUUAAUUGACUUGACUUCUGUUAGAUAUUCUGUUAAACUGUAACUGCUGUUAUAACAGCCGUG